CUUUGGAUCUAAACGUGACAAUCUAGGACAGGUGGGAGCCCAGUGAUAACCUUUAUCUUAUUAGAAGGUCUCAGAUGAGCACAAUGGAGUCUAUCAUAUGAUAAACUCACAAAUAUGAUCUUUUCCAUGUCCAGAUUCCGGUGAAUAAAAAGUGGGUUACAACUAAAGCAUCAGUUUGAGUGUGUAGUAACGUCUGAACGGGUGGCAGUGGUGCCCAUUUCAGGAUCAGGGAGAAAAUGACAUGGUGUCUGAGACCGAUGAGGCAGCAGGGAGGUAAGUAUAGCGCAUUUUCUCUUUCUUCAGCUGCUCUACGGUGUAUUAUAUAUUUUGGCCAUAUCCUGUAGGAAGGGCACAGUGAGGUAAAAGAUGCUAUGUCUUUAUUACCAGCAUUAAGUCAUGCGGAACAUCUACUGAAAACAUUUACUACUGCACAACACAAAACAGAGGACAGAAAUUGUGCUUGUUUUAAGACCUUAUCAAUGUGUAUAUGUUGAUGAACGUUGGGCGUGCUCAGCCAAAGCGAACCAAACCAAUGUAAUCAUUGUAGGAGUAAAACAGAUAUGAAUAGUUUAUUUCAACACUUCAAGUCGUCAAGUCGUCAUUUCCAUAGAAGAAAAAUUACAUGAUUUCAUCAUGAUAUUAUUUUGUGUAUAAAAGUCAGCAUGACUCUAAGAUUGUGCUGAGCACAGAGAAAAUGAUUGAGCAAUAAAGAAAUAAAGUCAUCCAAAAUCACUUAUAAAGAUUGGGCUUCAUAUAUAGUGAGCUACAAUAAAAACUGAUAAGAGCACAAUAUAGCAAACGCUAUCAGUCAUAGCCAGACUUUCAAAGGACUGGGGCUCAAGUAAACAAAUGCUUAAAAAAAACAGUUUCUAAUAAUGUCCUUGGUGUUAUCGUGAUAACGGUUGGGCCACAUCUUCUGUAAACUGAUAAUCAAUGUAAUGAGAAAAUAGAUGAUUAAUGAGAGAAGCUGAGAUGAAGGAGAAAAGGCAGACAUUCACCAAAACAGAGAAAUAGCUUUCUUUGUGAACUUUCCUUAAAGCUUCAUUACAAAGUGACAGAAGAUUCAUAACACUGUGAACAGUGUUUUGACUUCAGAAUAAGCCUACAACAGAUUCAGUACAGGUUGUGUGGAUCAAAGUUAGGAAUAACUUGAUAAGCGCCUACAGCCACAAGCAUCGCGGUAUGCUGAGCCAAAUGCUAACGUCAGCAUGGUGAUCAAAUUACAGUGAUGACCGCAGCUAACUGAUUUUUAACAGCUUUCAUCUUUACCCUAUUCAUCACCUAGAGGCCAUGGUGACUGGAGCGACAUCAGUUUUGCAGGGACUGUAUGAGUGCAACCUCACAAGGACGUUACCAUGAACAUUCAUCACUCCCCGUUUCUGACCCUUCAUUUUCUGUCAUAUAUCUGUUAUUGGCAAUCCAAGAACUGCACAAAAACCUUCUGUAAGCUGUAGAGCUGCAGCAUGCAAACCGUCAAGAAGACCUUUCCUUUUUUUGGCGCAAUCAAGCAUCAGCACUGGGCUACGUCCAAAUCUAGUUCUUAUUUUCUUCGCUCGCAUCAUGGCUCAGCUGGAUGCUGUUAGAUGUCAGAUGACUAUUUUCUGGAAGCACGAGAGCAAACAGAAAUGACUUUAACAACUGGUGUCACAGGACUAUGAGCUUUCGCACAAACAAAAAAAAAAAAAAGAAGAAGAAAAAAGGAGGAUGUUGGGGAAUUCAAGUUGUUUAUACAGGAUAUCUCGAACAAUACAAUGCAAUUUACCUUGGCCAAGCAUUUGUCUAUUUAUGGAAGAAUGUUCCACAACAUCAUACUGUGUAGCUGAUGAAUGAUUAAACUAAUUAUAAAAUAUAACUGAUAACUUUUCACUAUUUGCAGCGUUGGCCACUGUCAUUACUGUCUAGUUCAAUCGGUGCAUAGUGCAAUAAACGUGAGUCGAUCGACAAGCCGGAGGAGUAGCUUUUCUCUAGGUUGCACUGACCUCUAGUGGCUGUCACAAGUAAUACAAAUGGAUGCCAUCCGGACUCCUUAUACUUGGUGUCAUAUUAUAGGUAUAUCUUCUCCUAUAAAUUCUUGCACAUGUAAACGAGCAGCAUAUAAAACACUGGCUUUACUUGGAUUCGUGAACACGGAUGCAUGUGUUAGUGGCUGAGCAGUCCCACCUUCUGCAGCCCUGCCAGCUGAGACCAGCUGAUCCAAAAUCUUCGCCCUGCGGUGUUUUCCGCGUUCACCGCCCCCCGUACACCUCCCUGCCUCGACUGAGUCCUGCCAAAAAAAAAAAAAAAAAAAAAUCUACCCCAGGAGGGGACGACUUAAAAGGAAGUUUUAAGUAGUGUGUUUCUCCAUAUUUUUCGUUAGCCGCACCGAUGGGAGAAAUGACGGAGCAAAAGAACCUUUCAGAAGUUAUUGCUCAGAUUUUUCAGGAGGCACCAGCAGCCAGGAAGGGUCUCACUGAUAACCACAACAACCUCUACCGAGUGGCGGACUACUGCGAAAACAAUUACGUUCAGGCAGAUGAUCCCAGCAAGGCUAUGGAAGAGGCGAAGGGUCUGGCCGCCCAGGCGCUGGCCAGUGUCACCUACCAGAUCAACAGCCUGGCCAGCUCCGUGCUCAGGCUACUGGACUCACAGGCCACGCAGAUCAAACAGAUGGAGUGCUCCGUCAACAUGCUGUCAUUGGCUGCGGCCAUCCACUACGAGAAGGUCGCCAGGAAAGAGAUCGGCGCUUUUACCACUCCCAAAAACAAGACUCGCUCCAAGCUCAUGACCCCGCCGCCUGCAGGCAAGGAGCCGGAGAGAGGCUACACCAGAGCGCCAAUAUCCUACUCCGUCUUGGACUCCGUCGGGCACUGUUUUCACGUCACUGCGCAGCAGCCCAGGACGAGAGCAGGGACGACGGAGAGCAUUCAGAGCACUGCAGACAUCCCUGUAUCCAGUUUUGGCAUCGCCGUGCCUCCACCCUCCGUCCCCACCCUGCGAACCAAACCCACCAACAGCGACCCGCCGCCCCCUCCUCCUCCACCUUCUGCCAGUGCGGACCCCGGCCUGCUUUCACCUUCUCCUCCUCCUCCUCCUCCUCCAGCUCCCACUUCCCUCAUGGACGCUGACCUCCCUCCUCCGCCCGCCUUAACCUCGCCCACGAAUCUUCCCCCACCGCCGCCGCCGGUAACCAACAGCGCCUGCCCGCCUCCACCUCCACCUCCUCCUCCAGCAGCUGGAGGUGCCCCUCUGCCUCCCCCGCCUCCACCACCACCAGUGUCAGGAACUUCCCCUCCUCCUCCUCCUCCUCCUCCUCCUCCGCCAGCACCCCUUCACACUGGCACCUCUGGUGUUGUGCCACCGCCCCCUCCACCACCUCCCCCACCUCCCCCUGUCUUACGGUAACGUUACAGUUCCUUUUAUUGGAGGAUAGUUACGCAUUUGUAACGGUCAGCUACUAACAGACUGUGAUGGGGCACGCUGGUUAAAACUUGUGCCUCCUUAAAUAUAUAUAUAUACAUGUAUUUUCACAGCAGUUGCACAACAACAUUAAGUGUGAAUAAAAGCUUAAAAAAAACGCAUGUGUAGUGGUUUAAUAUUGAACUAUCACAUCUAGUCUGAAUGGUUGUGAAUGAUCCUGAUUUUCUUUUUUUUUGUGUUGGCACGGAGAGCUUCUGUAGAAAUUCUUUAGACAUGUUUCAACAAUACCUGGACUGCAUUCUUCUAAAACAAGCUGAAACAAGAAUUCUUGUGAUUCCUUGUCAUAUUUGUGUGUGUGUGUGUGUGUGUGUGUGUGUGUGCAAUCUGAUUUCCCUUCCUUAAUGUGUCAUUUCAUAAUCACAGUCGAUGUAGACACAAGUGGCCUUUAGCCCGACAACACCAACUGUUUACGCCACUGUGUGGCGGGAGCAGAUAAGUCGCUUUCGUCGCAGGUUGCAACCACAGUGAGUUCCGCUGCUUCAGACUGUUCAGUCAGGCUAUAAAUUGUCUGCUGCAACUCAAAGCUCUACUUGGCCUGCGCUACAUGGCUGGUAGAUGAAGGUGUGAAUAUAAAACUACCAUGGUAGUGUAUUAUCCUACUAUUGAGAUUCCUCUGUUGUGCUUCUGUAUCGGCUUGUGGAUAUUUUGCUGCCAUCUUGCAAAGAAGCGCAGAGAAGCAGAAAGCUGCGCUCUGAGGUCCAGAAACACUCCGUCUGUGUACAUCAUCCCUAUUUAUACGGAAGACCUGGAGGACGAGGAGCAAGAGGAAGAAAUGGACGUAAAUGAGGCGUUUAGUCCCUUGUACUCUGACAGAAAUUUCGGAGAACCCCCUCCAUACACGCUCGAACCGCCGUCCUAUGGAGACCCACCCCCGUCCUACAUGGACCCUCCAGCGUACUCGGAGCGCCCCUGACCCUUGUCAUCUUCACCCUCUCCAAACACCCUCCUGCUCCUGCUGUUCUUCUCAUAACGCAGCAGACUCCUAAGAUCAGGCCGAUGGAUUCUGAGCUCAUCGCACGAAACCCUAAAAAAAAAAGACUGGUCUCGUGCCAACCUGCAUUUAUAAAAAAAACUGCAAGAUUAAAAAAAAAAAACAUUGAGGCCAUCAGACAUUUUACUACCAACUGUUUUUUGCUACAUUGCAAGGAUUUUGGUUUGGUUCAGUGCCUUUGCAUCUGUAUGUGUUGUGCAUAAUUUCUGUAUAUGCAGCCUUUUCUACUGUAUAGUUUUCCAUGUUACAUAAAUGUUCUUCCAAGGUAUAUUAACUUAAACACAAGACAUCUCUGCUGUUUUCUACCUGAUGAAAUGGUAUAUAAAAUAAAAAAUGCAAGUUAUACUAAC